AUGGAACGGUAUGAGAUAAUCAAAGAUAUUGGGUCAGGGAACUUUGGUGUAGCAAAGUUGGUCAAGGAAAAAUGGAGUGGUGAAUUAUACGCUGUCAAGUUCAUUGAGAGAGGCUUCAAGAUUGAUGAGCACGUGCAAAGAGAGAUUAUAAAUCAUAGGUCCUUGAAGCACCCCAAUAUCAUUAGAUUCAAAGAGGUGUUACUUACUCCAACUCAUCUUGCAAUAGUCAUGGAAUAUGCUGCCGGGGGAGAACUGUUUGAAAGAAUAUGCAGUGCUGGGAGAUUCAGUGAGGACGAGGCAAGAUAUUUCUUUCAGCAAUUGAUUUCUGGAGUCAGCUAUUGCCAUUCAAUGGAAAUUUGCCAUAGGGAUCUUAAGCUGGAAAACACACUUCUAGAUGGAAGCUCAGCACCACGACUUAAAAUCUGUGACUUUGGUUACUCAAAGUCAUCUGUUCUGCAUUCCCAGCCAAAAUCCACUGUAGGAACCCCUGCCUAUAUUGCCCCAGAGGUUUUGUCAAGAAGAGAAUAUGAUGGGAAGGUCGCAGAUGUUUGGUCUUGUGGGGUGACCUUAUAUGUGAUGUUGGUUGGUGCAUAUCCUUUUGAAGACCCAGAAGACCCAAGAAACUUCAGAAAAACUCUUCAGAGAAUUCUUAGUGUCCACUAUUCUAUUCCAGACUAUGUACGUAUCAGUAAAGAGUGUAGACACCUUUUGUCUCGAAUAUUUGUGGCCAACCCAGAAAAGAGAAUUACCAUACCAGAGAUAAAAAUGCACCCUUGGUUCCUAAAAAACUUGCCAGUAGAAUUUAUGGAUGAGGGUGAAGGGGUGUUGCAAAAUGAUGUAAAUGAGUCACGUGAGACUCAAAGCAUUGAAGAAAUACUGUCCAUAAUUCAAGAGGCUAGGAAACCGGGUGAGGGCCCAAAAGUUGGUGAGCAAUUUGUUGGGGGCAGCAUGGACCUUGAUGAUAUUGAUGCAGAUGCUGACAUCGAUGACAUUGAGACAAGCGGUGAUUUUGUAUGUGCUUUGUGA